CAGCGUCCCGCGAGACGUUUACCUGGGCCCCAGGUGAGCGCAGAAGGAGGAGCUGCGCUGAAGCUGCUCACCUGGCGGGACAGGUCAGGGUGCUGAGGGGGACGCACAGAAGUCAAGUCCUGGCCCCCUGCGGGAUUGUGGGCGGAAAACCAGACCAGGAACCCGGAGGCAACGCCAAGAAGAUGUAGGUCGCCCACCCGGGGGACCCUGAGGAACCAGGCUCCGAGGCAGGAGGAAGCAGCGUGGAGAACUUAAAGCAAGCAGAGGGAAUUAAGGCUGGAAAGCUCCUGGGCAGGGUGAGAGAGAGAGGCUGCCAUGGGCAGGCCCCAAGCUGGGCAGACGCACCAGCCAGCCCUUGGGAGCUCCAGAGAGAGAGGCGCCGGGGCGGGGAGCGAGCGUGGAAGAAGCCCGGCCUCGCUGUCCAGGUGACCCCAGCAGGGUGGCGAGCGCCCUCCUGCCCAGCUCCUGCUGCUGCCCCAGAAGGAACCGGACAGAGGCGCCUGUAAUGUGGUGAGCCAUGCCCGGCCGGCGUCCCGGACAUCGCCCGCCGUCCUGCGCUCCCCGGGUGAGCCAGGCGUCCUCAUGGGAGCGGCCCGCGGGCGUCUCCCCCCGAGAGGCCUGUCUGGAGGUGUACGGUGCAGCGACGCCCCAAGUCAAGCCGGGCCGCCGGCUGGCCCCCCCAGCCACCCCCCGCCGGGCCCGCCGGCCCGGCCCCAGGGACCCCGGCGGCCGGGAGUCCGAGAGCAUCACCUUCAUCUCGGGCUCGGCCGAGGCCCCCCUGGACAGCGGCAGCUGCUGCCUCCCGCGGCCCUGGGUGUGGAACUUGUGCAAGGCCGUCUUCUGCUUCCGCCGCUGCCGGGCCUGCUACCAGCGCUGCGGGGGCUGCGUGCGCAGCUGCGAGGCCUGCCUGCCCGCGCUGGGCCCUUCGGAGCCCUCGGCCGACGAGGGCUGGGGCAAGGAGCACAACGGCGGCCCGGCCCCCCGCAGCCCGGCCGUGAGCGCCCCCAGCCGGCACGACAGGGCGGGCUUCAAGUCCGCCAUCGGCAGCAGCUUCAGCUACCCCGACGUCAAGCUGAAGGGCAUCCCCGUGUACCCGUACCGGGGCGCGGACGCCGACUCGUGCCACAAGGAGCCGCUGGCCGAGCAGCCGGCCCGCCGCAGCCUGCCCGGGACCCUGGGCGGCAGCCCCCGCAGCUCCGAGGAGUACUACUCCUUCCACGAGUCCGACCUGGACCUGUCGGAGAUGAACGGGGGCUCCAUGAGCAGCCGGGAGAUCGACGUGCUCAUCUUCAAGAAGCUGACGGAGCUCUUCAGCAUGCACCAGAUCGACGAGCUGGCCAAGUGCACGUCGGACACGGUCUUCUUGGAGAAGACCAACAAGAUCUCCGACCUCAUCAGCAGCAUCACGCAGGACUAUCACCUGGACGAGCAGGACGCCGAGUGCCGCCUGGUCCGGGGCAUCAUCCGCAUCAGCACCCGCAAGAGCCGCAACCGCCCGGCCACCGCCUGCGAGAGCCGCCUGAGCCGGGGGCCCGCCCCCGACAGCGGCACCGACACCAUGGUGGCCUCGGUCCUCAGCCAGGACGAGCUGACUGUGCAGAUCUCCCAGGAAACCACAUCGGAUGCCAUCGCCCGGAAACUGAGGCCCUAUGGAGCUCCAGGUUACCCACCAAGCCACGACUCCUCCUUCCAAGGAACUGAGACAGACUCUUCGGGGGCACCCUUGCUCCAAGUGUACUGCUAGCCCCGACCCCAACCCUUGGGGGCCUCCUGGGACUGCAGGCAGGACAGAUGGGCCCCGCGAACAAUUUUUCCCCCUGCGGUGGGUUACCACAUAAAUCGUUCUGGAGACGAAUUCCAGUUCUUAUACUGGCUGCAGACUCAUGACUGGAAAUGCCUUUGGGGGUGCAAGAGCCCUAGCCCCCUUCCAUUAGUUCACUCUCUCUUUGCCCCUCCAGAACUAAGACUAAUUUCCUAAUGCCAUGAAGCACUCAAUUUCAGGGCCUUUCCCUGAUCCCCAAGAGCUUCUCUUACUAGCUCUUUGUGGGAGGGGUCUCGGGUUCCUUUCAGCAUCCGAGAUUCUCGCCGCAUGGUUGGUUCCAUAUCAGGAUUCACUUGCCAUUAUUUACAGAAAGGGCUCGGUCUGUGUUUUCCCCACUUUUGACUUCCCGGCUCUCCUGAACUAAGGGGCCUCAGGUUUUUGGGGGUUACAAAUUCAUCUGGGGUCCCGUGACUGACCAACUUUGGAGAGCUGUACUGGAGAUCCGGUGGUUCUUAUUCCUAGCUCCAUACACUUCAGUUGGUUCUGUUUAACACGUGUAACUCUGACCUAAGCUGGUUGAGAAGCUUGUUAUGACAUUAAUAAAGUUGUUGGCCGAUUGUUCACACCAAA